AUGUUGGAUGAUUUCUGCUUCAAUCAAGACACGUACCUCCACGAUCCUGCGUACCUCGAUGAUCCUGUGGAUACCCAAUCUGUCAUCGGACUGACUGUAAUUCCGUCCACUUUCAGUUCUGGACCUUUCGAAGUAUCUGCUCCGACACCUAACGAAAUUGCUGCAUUGAGACAGGAGCUCCAGGAUGCUCACUCCACCAUCGAGAGGAUGACAGCUGCUUUGUUGCUCUUAGGAAUGCCACCUGAAGAUAUAGUGCAGCUGACGACGAAUUUCGAGGAUACAGUAUCACCUAAGUAG